UAUUAUAUUUCAAAUUAUAUAUAUAUAAAUAGAUAGAUAUUAUUUAUUAUAAAAAAUGGUUCGAAGACAAGUAAUUCAAGCGAAUAUGUAUUCAACAUAUCACUUGAAGCCUGGACAAACGUUAGAAAAUACUAAAAUAUCCGAGAGGAAACUGGCAUUGAUAGCCUCUGAAAGCGCUUUUCAACGCUUCGUUGAUUACGUUAAUCAGCCACAAAGAUUGGCCGAAGAAAGGGAAGUAGCAAAAGCGAAAUUGAAUGCUAUUAGGAAGGCAACUUAUGAAAUGUCUAAGACAUGGGACAAUACUGUUGAGAAUAUCAAAAGAAGAAGAAAAGAGGAACUGUUGAAUAAACGGAAGAUAGAAGAAGAGAAAAGAAAAGAAUUUGUUAAAGAAAUGACAGCAAAAAAUGCUGCUGAACGUGCAGAAAUAGUACGACAAGCACGAACUUUACUUCUUUAUAAACAACCACAAUGCAGACGGAUCAAUAGAGCAAUGCUCGUAUCGGAGUGUCUAAGAGAAUUAAAUGCUCAAGUUGAAUUUCAAAAAACUAUUAAACAAAUGGAUGAUCAACAAGAAAAUGAAUACGUUGAAUUGAUUAAAAAAGAUGUCGAAAAAUAUGAGCAAGAAGAAAAGAAAAAAAUCGAAGAACGUAAGAUGAAAAUUGAAAUGUAUGCUAUGAAAUUAAAGAAUCAGAUUGAUGAAAAUGCAAAAAUACGAGAGAUUGAAAAAAAUGAAGAAUUCAAGAUAGAAAUACAAGAUCGAUUAAAUAUUAAUAGAGAUUUACAAAUUAUGAAAGAAUCACAGGCUAAAGAAGAAUUGAAAAGGAAGAAAGAAUUGCAAAAAGAUUUUUUAAAAUCGAUCGAUGAGAAGAAACGUGCCGAACUCGAAUCAAAACGUAAAGAAAAAUUCGAAGAUUUGGCUAUCGAUAUAUACAACAGAUCUAAAUCUCGAAUAAAAAAGAUGUUGAAAGAAAGGGCACAAAAGGAAAAACAAUCUAGAGAACAGAGAGCAAAUUUUAUUGGUGAAAAAUUUGCUACUCUCAUGGAUUCCACUGGUAAAAUUGAGAAAGAAAAAGUAAAUUUUGCUAAAGCUGUUGACGAGAUAGAAAAAAAUGCUAUUGAAAGAUACAAAACUAGAAAAGAUUACGAGAUUGCUAUGAGAGCUGUUAGAAUCGAAGAUAAACGUAAUGACGAUGCUGUUAAGAUAAAAUUACAAAAAGAUGAAAAAGAUAUGCAAACUUGGGAAACAUUGCAAAGAUUUAAAAGAGACGAAUAUAAUAAACAAGUGGAAUUAAAUGAUCGAAUUGAGGAACGAAAUAGAAAAAUCAAUUAUGCUCGUGAUUUGAAAAAACAUAUGGAAUUACAAAAAGAGGAACGUGAAUAUCAAAAUCGUAUUGAUGACGAUUUUAAUGAGAUGAAAGGUGCUAUUAAACAAGACAACGAAAGAGUUUUGUCUUACAGUCAACAAGCUUUAGAAGAAUCUAAAGGAGUUAGACCACUUUAUCCUAUUUUAAAAGCUAUCCAGGAAUGUAAAGAAGAAAUUGGUUUGAUAAAACCGAAAUUAAUAAAACCAAUUUCACCGAAAAAAUUCAAACGAAUUCGUGGAAUACGUCGUGGACCUUGUACGAAAAUCGUAGAAGAAAAUAAAAUUCAUUAUAUGUCCGACGUAUAA